UUUGACGGUUACGAUGCCAUUCAAAAUUUUGAACUAGUAAAACGAUUUUGUGUAGAUGUUGAUUUACUAUUUUACUUAAGUGGGGCGGAUAUAAUUGACAUAAUUGUGUCGUGUGCGUUAGUUUUAUCCGUGUUUUUGAUGUGUUUUUGAUGUUAUAAACAAAUUCUUAAUGAAAAAAGUAUUUUGUUAAAAUGGUGAAAAUCGAAAGAGGUCCUGGCUUGGGUGGUCCGAAAGGCGUUCCAACUCUUGUCCCUUCAAGAAGUGGUUCAACACAGAAUAUGGCAGCAAAUAUACGAGUGGUAGUUAGGGUGCGGCCUUUGAAUGAUAGAGAAAAGGAACAAAACAAUCGUAUUGUAGUCGAUGUUGUUGAUGAUAAAAUGUUGGUAUUCGACCCUAAAGAAGAAAUGCGACCUUUCUUCUAUCAAGGAGUCCAACAACCUAAUAAAAACUUUUUAAAACGCUCUAAUAAAGAGUUGAAAUUCGUUUUCGAUCACGUCUGUAGUCAAAAUUCUACUAACCAUGACGUAUUCGAAAUAGCCACAAAAGACAUGUUAAAUUCUUUGAUGGAGGGCUACAAUUGUUCUGUGUUUGUGUACGGGGCUACUGGCGCGGGAAAGACGUUUACUAUGAUUGGUAAUAAAGAGCACCCUGGCAUAACUUAUUUGACUAUGGAACAUCUUUUCUAUACUAUCAAUUCGUUUGAAAAAGAUAGAGAGUUUGAUAUCGGAGUCUCUUAUAUAGAAGUUUACAAUGAGAAUGUAUAUGACCUACUGAAACCGUCAAGUACUCCGCUGCAAUUGAGAGAAGAUUCAAAGUAUGGGGUGAUGGUCGCUGGGCUUACCCUUAACAACAUUAAAACAGCUAGAGAGCUAUUGAAUAUGCUUGAGAAUGGUAAUAAAAACAGAACGCAACAUCCUACCGAUGCCAACGCUGAAAGCUCUCGGAGUCAUGCGGUCUUUCAGGUGUAUGUGAAAAUGAGGUAUAAAACCAGCAGUCAAUUGAGACUCGUCAAGCUUUCAAUGAUCGAUCUAGCUGGUAGCGAACGAGCUUCGGCUACAGGCUGUGUCGGAGAGAGAUUCAAAGAAGGGGCCAAUAUCAACAAAAGUUUACUAUCACUUGGAAACUGUAUCAACAAGCUCGCUGAUGGCAGCAGCUAUAUACCAUAUAGGGACUCCAAACUAACACGUCUCCUUAAAGACAGUCUCGGAGGAAAUUGUAAGACGGUUAUGAUUGCGAAUGUAUCACCAUCCAGCAUCAGCUACGAAGACACAUACAAUACAUUGAAAUAUGCGGCCAGGGCAAACAAAAUACAACUGAGUAUCAAGAAAAAUAUAGUCGACGGUGACAUGAGGCUGUCACAAUAUGUUAAGAUAGUUGACGAGUUAAAGAAGAAGGUCAAGGAAUUGGAAGCCAAACUUUCCUUGACCAGUGUCAAAAAUGUGAAGGUGGAGCCAGGGGUAGAUAAAUCCAAAGUCCAGGAAUGCCGUUCUCGUCUCAGUUCUGCGGUGAGCGUACAUUCAUCUCUGCAGUCUUGUCUGCUAUCUCUGAUGUCUCAGGCUCGUGUUUUGACGCUUCGGCGGCGGAUGCAGUCAAGAGCCGCUCGACGUCUGGAAGGAUUCGCACAUCGCUCUUCCAACGACGCCAUGCAUCAGGUAUGCACAGAAGAUAUUCCGAGAGAGGAACGGGCCGCUGAGAAUUUUAUGAAGCAAUCUGUCUGUUUGGAUUCCAAGAUAAUGAACGCCUGGACGAAAUGGAACGAGAGCAACAAGAAGAUAAACGCUAUGUUCGAAGAAGCGGUCACUAACUAUCCAGAAUUGAGCGACUUUGUAAAGUAUCUCCAAACUGAGGUUAAACUGCAGCACUCGAACAUCAAGAGCGAGCUGAGGUGUAAACUGCUCGCCAUCGAGGCUAAGGAAAAUAACGUAAACACGAAAUAUAUGAGCAACAUGCCCCACCUGUUGAAGAAGUUGUAUCUCACGCUGAAGGGAUACGACAAAGCGCCGCCCGCGCUCACCGCCGAGUACCUAGAUGUCAUGAAGAAAGCCAAGUCCGCCAAAGGCAUCUCCUGGUCGGGUGACUCGGACACCGACCCUUACUUCAAAUUCGUAUCCAAUCUAGAUUUGGACAAGCCUGCGACCAUAUUGGACUAUAUGGACGACAAAGACGACUUGAAUUCUUCGGUUGACGCAACUGACUGUGAAGACGCGACGGACAUCGAAAACGUUGAGCCGAAACGUAGAGGAACGCCCUUGAAACUGGCCAACGACGAAACUAUAGUCAUUAACGACUCCUUUGAUAGCUCGGACGUCGCCAAAAACGUGAACCCAGCUAAGAAAAUCAAACGGGAGGUUCAUCCGGUUAUAGAUUUGGAGAAUUAUGCUCCCUUAGACGCUAACGAACUGAAUUCUACAUUCGUGCUGGCUGGCAAACAUGAAGCCUGGCAGACGGCGCCCGCGAAGAACGAGAAGGAGGUGCAGCCGGCGAAGAAGGGACUGUUCGAUAGGACGAACACUAUACAGAGGACUAUAGUGUUCAAUGACAACAGAGUGAAAACAGCGAAGCCGGUAGUUGGUAAAGCUCUUCGUGUAGUGAGGACGGGUUUCGGUUCAGGUGUGGCGAGAGAUGGCACACCUCUGGAUCGACAGAGAAACAUACAAGAUGUGUCGAAGAGGGGCGUUGUGAGUGAGAGGUCAGUUGGUUUUAAAGCUGUACGUGCGAGGGACCGAGUCAACGCGCAUCCCUACACCAGACCCAACAACGGCAGGAAGUGAUGCUGCAAGAAAAUAUAGCAGUACUGUUUAAGUGUACGGGCUUCAGUGAUGAAAAUUAUUGAAUAAUUUUCUAUGACGUCCGUCUGACUUGUUAUAAUUGAAUUAAUAUAAUGUACCGCUGUCAUUAGAUUCACAUGUACUGUGUAGUUAUUCUAACGAAUAACCAAUGUAUUGACAAAAAAUAUAUAUCUUUGAUGUUUAUAACUUGAACAACCCAGUCCUGACAUUGAAUGCGGGCUGGGUGACCACACUGAGAAUUUAUAAUAAUAUAAUAAAAACGAAGAUAGUUUUAAAUCUAUUAUAUAAUUUGAAACAUAGUUUUUUUCAAACCAAACUAUGAUGUCAUGGGGUCCGAGAAGUUUUUAUAUAUUGAGUAUAGAUAAUAAAUAGUUUAAAUAAUGCAUCAAACACAAUAUUAUAUGAAUACUCAAUAGAAAUUCUUUAUUAAUACUAACAAAGCCUGCGUUUAGGAAAUUAAUGUACAUCAGAACGGGAUUUCUAAUAUUAAGUAUUUAAUUGAAAAAUAUUAUCUACCACACAAAUUCUGAGUAAUGAAAGCUUUAAUACUAUUAACAUAACGUUGUGUCCGACUGAAUAAAUAUUGAUUCAUGUUCGUUUCAUUGAUGAUAGAAUUAAUGUAUGUCCGUGUGUAACUGUGAUGAUUGGUGUGUGCUGAUUAUUGUUAAGAAUGUAUUUUAUAUGUGGCUUGUGUUUUUACCGUGUAAUGUAUAUAUGUUGUGUGAUUUAUUGAUUGUACAUCUAUUAUAUUCGACCGCUUUUGUUGUAACUUUAAAUAUAGAUUAAAUGAUGAUG